AUGGCCAACAAUACUAAUUCCAAGCCCGUCGUCUUCAUCGGCGCUGCGGGUGAGAUGUGUCGUGUCGCCGUGGAACGCUUUGCCAAAGCCAGCAAUGCCCAGCUUGUUCUUGCAGACUUGAACACUGCUGUUAUCGAAUCUCUUGCGGCCAAAUUACCAGCUGGAAGGGCAAGUACUCACGAGCUUAAUCUAUUUGACGAAUCUGCCCUUGCCCGGUUAAUCAGCGGUGCCGGACUGGUUGUUCUGGGCGCUGGACCGUAUGCCAAAACUUCCCAUCCGGUCGUCAAGGCAUGUAUCGCAGCCAAAGUUCCAUAUCUCGACUUUGAUGACGACGUCGAAAGCACGCAGGCCGCUCUUGCGCUCACUCGAGAAGCAGAAGAAGCCGGUGUCCCUCUCUAUAUUGGAUGCGGCGCGUCGCCCGGCCUGAGCAACGUCAUGGCCAUGGAUGCCACCCGUGAACUCGACUCCGUCGAUAGCAUCGAUCUCUGUUGGCUUGUGGGCGACGAAGCAACUGUCGGGAAAGCCGUGCUCCAGCACUUGAUGUACAUUGCUGCUGGACCGUGUCUGACAUGGGUGAAUUCGAAGCCGACAGUGAACGAGUCUUGGGUCGGGACUACCUACGCGCCUAUGUAUACCGACGAUGGCGAGAGGCUCUUACACGAGACCGCUCAUCCCGAGCCGGUCACGCUUCCGCGACAUUUCCCAAAUGCCAUCAGGAUUCAGUGCUUCGGCUCGCUGGAUCCAAAACCUCUCAAUGGUGUCGCACGCGGCCUUGGCACUGCUGUUCGUGCAAAGGCUGUGUCAAUGGACGAUGCUGUUGAGUUUCUUUAUAAUCUGACAACUCACCCGCCUUUAGCGGGCGGCGUGGGUAGCUUGGGUGAAGCUUUUGCUGCUUUCAAGGGACAGCUCCGCGGUGGCGAUAUCACUCUCAAAGAGCUGUACCACUUGAUCAGCCACUCUGUCGGCCCUCUCCGGUAUGCUCUAUGGGGAAUGCUAGAGCAGAUCUGGAACGGCGAAUGCUCAACUACGGAGGUUGUGACUUACAUCAUGAACGCAAUGACUGGAACGAAAAUCGAAAACCGAGGCAACUUACUGGUGAGGGUGGUCGGGAUGCGCAACGGUGUGCCGACGGUGAUCACGAAGCGCAAUCCGAAGAACGGAAAAGACAGUUAUCUGUGUCAGAGUAUGGGCACUGUCACUGGAACCGCGACUGCUGCGUUCAUGGUAAUGGCGCUGGAAGACGGCCACAAGCGUUGUGGUGUUUUCUGCCCCGAGGACUGGGCUCAGCCUGAGGUGCUGUACAGUGCCCUAGAGCGAGUUGGGGUUCCCAAGGAUGAAAUUAUCGAGACUAUCUAG